AUGGGGGCGCGCGCGGCGCGGGCGCGGGGCCCGCGGGCGAGGCGCAAGGGGGCCACGGGCCGCCCAGCCUCCGCCCGCCCGCCGCGCCAGGAGGUCCCAGCGGCCCGCCGUGCGCCGCCCGCGGUGCUCGCGCGGGCGGCGGUGCUCCUCCACGGCCUGCGCGCGGCGGCCGCGCAGGCGGAGUUCACGCCGGAGUCCGCGCCCCCGGGGCUGCAGAGGUGGCUGGGCAGGGACCGCUGCGGCGACCAGCGCUGGACCGCCUUCCACGCGGGCCUCGGGGAGGUGGCGGGCCUCUUCAACGCUCGCGAGUUCGCGCCCGCGCUGCAGAGGUCGGCGGAGCUCUUGCUGCCCGUCGUGACGGACCCCCACGUCGCCUUCGAUUGCGCCACGGCCGUGAGCUCGGUGCUGGGCGUUGGUGCGCAGUGCGGCGAUCAGCUGGGACUGCCUCGAGUGGCCGCGCGGCUGCGGCAGCUGGGAGCCAUCUUCGGCUCCUUUGACUACCAGAUGAAGGGAAACGAGUACAUUGACCAGAGCCCUUGGCCUAUCAACUGGAUGGAAAACAUGGAGGGUAUCCUCUCAUCGAUGGCUUAUCUCAAGCAGCACGAGCUGCAGGUGGACCCCUGGAGGGGCGCGCCGACCAGCGCCGCGCUCUCUCAGAAGCUGGGGCCCGGCUGGAGGAGUACGGCGCAGCCGCUCCGCAUCGCCAUAGUCAGCGUUUGCGACUAUGACCCCGGGGUCACGCCACUGGCACGUCUGUCGCAGAUCAACAAGGAAGAGUAUGCCAACAUGCACGGCUACGUGACUAUUAUCCACGAGAGGGCGCCGGUCUUCAGCGACCCGCUGUCGCCCCUGCUCACGGAGCCGGCCUCUCAUCGGCCCCCGGCGUGGUCGAAGGUGGACGCGGUGCUUGCCGCGCUGGCCUCUGGCAGGUACGACUGGGUGAUGUGGAUGGACUGCGAUCCACUUCGACGGCACGAGGUGGCCCUCGAGGGCGUCGUGGCCAUGGCCGAGGCGGAGCACGCCGCCUCGGGCGAGGGCCCCGCCGCCCCCGGCGACCUGCCGGACCUCCAGCGGCUGGUCGGCCGGUGGCUCGAGGGCCCGCCGGAGCCGCUGCAGGGCGCGGCGCUGCUGGGCUGGUUUGACGACCUCCUCGACGAGGCCGCGGGCGCGGGCGGCGCGCCGGGCGCCGCGGAGGGCGGCGCCGCCAACCGGACGCUGGGGUGGGGGCCCUGGCUCCUCGAGGAGCGGCGGGCCCACGUGGUGGCCUCGGAGGACGGGCUGAUGCUAAACACGGGUGUGAUGUUGAUCCGCGCGUCCGUGUGGUCCUGGCGCUUCUUCUCGAAGGUGCGGUGGAUGACUUUCGGGGUGAGCCCAGUGACGCAGCACCCGUGGUGGGAGCAGGCCGCCAUGGUCUACCUGCUGCAGCUGCCGCUGACCCUGGUUGCGGCGGCGUCUGGGCGGCCGGAGGACCUGGGGCCGCCCGCCGCAGCCCGCGGCCACUCGCGCGCCUGCGCGCUGCUGUCACAGAGGCACCUCAACGCCUACCCGCCCCUGGUGGCCUCCGCGCUGCAGACGCACGUGGCCUACGACGCGGGCGACUUCGUCGUGUCGUUCUCGGGCUGCAAGGUGUACUCGUCGCAGGAGGUCUGCAACCAGCCCCCCGAUCAUCGACAGGCCCACGGCCUGGACGUGCUGCGCUCCGACCCCGUCCUGCGGCUGUGGCUCUGA